UAGUCCCGAAGCUCUGCCGGAGGCGCUCUCUGCCUUGCAUCUGCGGGGCGGGCGGCGGCGGCAGUGAUGCCCAGCUCCGGGCUGAGCAGGCGGGGAGCUCUGCUCCGGUAGCCUCCAGAUUCCAGGGCCUUGCGUGAUAGUUUGGAAGAGUGAAUUAUUCCGUCUCCUCGUGGUUGCGUAAGCUGAUUACACAUCAGGCCCUGGUUAGGGUGCUCAGCGGACUGGGAGAUGGGCGGUGCUGGUAUAUUGGCGUUCAGUCCAAAACGCCUGACGUAUUGUAAUUGACGAACACUCAGUACCGGGGUGUUGUGUUAUAGUGACAACAGCUCUUACUACCUGUGUACUGAAAGGAACCCAAAUAGAAAAGAAUAAGAAAAACACAGAAAUGAGGGAAGAAAAAAGGAGGAAAAAAUCAAAACGGCGUGUGGCAGAAAAUGAGCAACCAGUCCAUGAAACUGAACCAAAGAAAAAGAAACAAAACCUAGAGAGAACAAAAAAGGUGGAGGAGGAGGAACUUACGGCAGAGGAAAGGAGGACAUUGGAAAGAAAACUAAAGAAAGAACGUAAGAAGGAAGAAAAAAAAAUGAUGCGGGAAGCUGGAAUUGCUGUUAAGAAAAAAGAGCCCAAAAAACCAUCAGGAGCUGAGUUGGCACUGGAGUAUUUAACUAGCUGGUCCAAAAAACCAAAAGAAUGGAAGUUUCAAAAGACCAGGCAGACUUGGCUUCUUUUGCACAUGUAUGAUAAAGAGAAGGUUCCAGAUGAAUAUUUCUCUAUUUUAUUGGACUAUCUGGAGGGGCUUAAAGGCAGUGCACGAGAUGUAACCAUGCAGAAAGCUGAAGCUCUUAUGAAAGAGUAUGACAAUUCGGAUACAGAAGAUCCAGGUCUGUUGGAGAAGUGUGAGCGCAUACGAAAAGUUUUACAGCUAUUAUCAUGAAAGUGUGUAAACCUUGUCAUUAGAUUUCUAGAUUCAUCUGUUUCUAUCAUUGUAUGGAGAGCAGAUGAAAUGCAACAAAUAACUUCUAAAAAAUAUGUAAAUACAUGUUUUUUCAUUAAGAAUUGUAAUUAUGAUAAGAUUUCAUCUUUCCAUUGCUCAUUGUACAAUAUUUUUAAAUCAGUCAUUAAACAGUUUAUAAGGAGACUGUAAUCAAAA